AUGAGUUAAAAUACCCAAUGCAGUGACUAAAUGAUGAUGAAUUUUUUUAAAAGAACCUAGGUUAUCGAUACUUCUAAAAUACCUCAGAUAGAGGACUUAAAAAAUCAAAACUUAAAAGAAUUAAAAAUAAUAACUCUUAAUCUAAGUGGGAAAACAAUUUAUCAUGAGAAUUUUGUUGAUGUUUGCAAAAUAAUAAGCUAGUGCUAAAAUCUUACCACUUUGUGUUUAAAUUUAAAAUCUGCUAAUAUAGCAUCUGAAGGUGCUUCAAGGCUUGGAGAAAGUAUUUCUUUUUGUUAGCAACUUUUAAUUUUAAAUCUUGAUUUAAGCUAUAACAAUAUUGAUGUAAAAGGGAGUUUAAAUCUAGUUUAAGGGCUUUCAAAAUGUCUUUAGUUAUAAUCUUUAAGUUUAAAUUUUGAUUCUAAUAAGAUAAAUAAUUCAGCUGCUAUCAAGUUUUGUGAAUACAUUAAUUAAUGUUAAAAUUUAGAAAAUUUAGACAUAGAGAUGAAUUAUAUUAAAAAUUAAGAUGAGCAAGGAGAUUAGGAUAUUUAAAUAUAGAUAUCUUGUCCUAAAUUAUUAUAUUUAAAGUUAUCACUUUAGUUUAGUGAUUUUAUGUUAUCUAAACUAGCAGAAGCUUUAAGCUAAAGUUCUUAACUGAGCAAACUUGUACUUAUUUUGGUAAAAAAUAAUUUUAGUGAUCUUGGCAUGACUUUAUUAGGUGAUUAAAUAGCAUAUUGCUAAAGCCUUACUGAACUAAAUCUUAAUUUGAGAGAAAGUAAGCUUGGAGAUGAAGGUUUUAUAAAGCUGACCUAAGGUAUUGCCAAAUGCUAAAAUUUAAAAUCACUGAACUUGGAUUGCUUUCAUACCCAAAUCACUUAGAAGUACUCAAAAACUUUUAUAGAUAAACUAAGCUAAAUUGUUUAUUUAAGCUCAUUUGUCUUAAAUUUUGGUAGCACUAAAAUUGGGAAUGGUUUUCUUGUCAAAUUUGGUGAAACUUUGCCAAAGCUAAAGAGAUUAAAUAAAUUUAACCUUUGUUUAAACGAUUCAUCGAUUGCAUUCUCAUAAGCUACUCUAAAGGAAUUUGGAGAAGGAUUAGAAAAUUCCUAAUCUCUAAAAUAAUUUGAUUUAGAUAUAAGUGGAUAUGUAGUUGGAGCAGAAGAAAUGUAAUAUUUAUGUAAAGGGAUAUCCAAUAGUAAGAGCUUAACUAAUUUUAGUUUGAGAUUGGUGCGUUGUUAAAUAGAUUAAUAAUCUUUGAAAUAUUUUGGCAACUGUAUAGUUUAAUGCACUAAUCUUAUUUCUUUUUAAGUUAAUUUAAUAGCAAAUGAAGUAAGUGACGAAUCUAAAAUAGAAUUAGGAAAAUAGAUUUCUAAAUGCUAACAUUUAUUAUGUUGCUAUCUUUUUUUUGGAUUUGUAAGUAACAUUAAAUUAAUCAAUGCUUUAAAGUGUUUAAAAUUAGUAAAAUUUGGUCCAUUUCUUCGCUGA